CCUAUAUCCUCACCCCGCUAACCAAACCUUCGAAGAAGGAUCUAGGGAGGCAAAGGCAUUAUCGCAAAAGGAUUAACAUCUUCUUCCAGUCUUCCAUAAACAAUCAAUAAAUUACGUUAAUUAUGGCGCGGGAGACUUAAACGCGACGUUACUUUUGGUUCUAAGAUGUCUUCAAACCCAUUCAUUGUCUUUUUUGAUACUUUCGUUCAUAAUGGGCAAAACAAGGAAAGUAUAGAUUGUGUCAGGUUUAAGAGUGGAGUUGAAUUAGUGAAGAUAUGUAUUCUUCCAUUUGGGUCAGUUGUUGAGAGUAACUUAUCUGAUGAACCACUUUUGGGAGCUACCAAUCCGGCUUCUUUCGAUAUGAAGGUAUACAGUAACAGUCGAACUAAUUGCAUUGUCCUACAAAAUGUUGCUAAAUACCAUUUUAAUGAAAAAACUGGAAUUAACACAAUUUAUUUCGAAAACAGCUUACACUCUAACUUUUUGCUUUUCCGCGGUGUGUACUCUACCCUGACAGUUGCUCUUUUCGGCUUUCCGGCUGUGUCUGUACCUGUUCAGUCACUAGCUCCGGCCACUAAUCUGUCGAUCCCACCUCCCACAGUUGGGAUAAAUACUGGGACAGUCGAAGCAGCUAACUCAGGGUAUUACAAUCUUAAUAAAGUGCCAGGAAUUCAAGCUGAACAAAAGCCUGAUGUUCCGAAUAACUGGCAGCAAUAUCAUGCACAAACGAAUCCAACGGAGAGUUAUAUGAAAUCUCAGUCCUUGAAUGCGUGUUCAUUGCAGCCUGAAAGCGAAUUAUCUUCUGUUCAUCCUGUCACAGAAGCGGAUUUAGAGGAAAAAGUAGAUGAUCAAAAGACAAUGAACAUAGAGUCUGCUGUUCUAUAUGAGGACGGUGAGAUACAGGAUGUUGACUACGAGGAAAUAUCGUCAAAUGAAGAAUUGUUUUCAGAAAUAGAAGAUGGUGAAAAUCUAGAGAUUGGCGAUCAACAGUCAGAUAUCGAAGAAAUUAGGGAGAUUGAAUCUCAUAUUUCCUCCUAUCAAUGGCGUUUUAAUCCAUUUGAUUUAAUAAAUCAGUAUUCUAAUGUAUUCUCUUGUGACUUUCGUAGAAUCGCAGAUCCCACAAUCACCUUAUUCGAGCUUCAUUGUUGGCUAUUGGAACAAAAUGUCUCUGAUAAAGAUCAAUUGUUUGCUGAAAAUGAGGCGUUUAAUCGAAAUUCUGAUGAACUGGAAGUAGAAUCGAAUUUAAACCUAUUACCACCACCUGAUGACUGGGCGGAUGCAAAUCAGUCUGCAGAGUACCUCAUUGAGAUGACAAAGAAAUACUGUUCUUUAUCGGCUGCAGGAUUUCAUGAAGAGUGGAUUGAUUCUCUUGAAAAUAUUAGCACUCAUUUGCCUCAAGGUCUGGCCUUCUUAUACUGUACUGACCGAAAUCUAUAUCAAGCUGUCACUGAAACUCUUCUCCUCUGGGUAUACAGCGGUUUAAAUAUGGAUUUAGCAUUGAGUCAACCAAAUGCUUCAUACAUAGUUAAGCAUAUUAGAGUUGGUGUACAUCUUGCUGGUUUUAUGACCAGUACAACUACUUCAGAAUUGGCUAGUGCUUUACUGUAUCCGGAAACUUUGAAACAUGAUAGUAAUGAUUCAAGUAAUAAUACACAUAUAGAAGGAUUACAGGUUCAGCACCUGCUCUUAGAUCUUUUGGAGUCUCCUUUAAUUACAACGCCACUGAGACUUUCUGUUUGUCGUGCUCUAGAUCAGACUACACGAUUACCUAUUGGUUUGAAUGCUUUCUUAGGCGUGAGCCAAAUAAGUAGUGAUGAAAAAGUUAGUUGUACAGAGGAACCAUUAAAGACUGAAGCAAAUUCUGAUGGAAUGGAUCAGUUUAUUGGUGCCAUGAAGGGCAGUACAAACGAUGAACAGUAUAAUGUUGAAGGUGAAUUCAAUCAAUCCACUAAACUGGAACACAUUGACGACAACGAUGUAGAAAUGUUGGACAGACAAUUAUCAUCUGAUAGAAUCCAGUCACCAUAUCAGCGCUUCAUUUUCAUUGUUAGCGGCAGUAAAAACUCUCGUGUAACUGCAGCGUAUGAACGAUUGUUAAAUAAAGUGCACACAUAUGAACUUCUUUCUGGAUUACGGGAUUUGGUUAACCAAUUUCAGAAAAUCGGUGAACAGUAUCUCAAUGGAAAUCAUGAUGAUAUACUUCAGAUUAUGGAAUUGGAACAGACUUUAGUCAGUCGGUUAAGGAGGAUAACACAUAUCUUUCAAAAUGCUGAACAAAUUAUUGCAAAUCCUCGGUCGGUUCUUCCUUGUCCAUUGUUGCUAAAUGAGAGUAAACGAAUCUCCUACAAUCCUUAUGCAGAUCUUUGUUCUAUGAUAGACUCUUGUGGUUUGAUUGACUCAUUGACUCAUCUGAUCAAUACGAUUGCAAAUAUGAACGAAGGUGUAUUACAAGACAAUGAAACUGAUAACCAAUAUGAGAUGGUGAACAUAUCCUCAUUGGUUGGACAAAUUCAAGUAUCAAUAUGUGAAUUAUUACGUGUAAUAUGUUCACAUUCUCAUGGUUUAUUGCUUUUCGCCUAUCGACCAGAAUCAACAAGUCUAUUAGUUAAGUCGUGUUUACAAAUAUUUUCCAAUGGUGUUUUAAAGGAUAACAUGAAUAGCAAUAAAUCAUUUGCUUCUGAAUUCUUCAUAUUUGGUUUGGAAUUAAUUUACAAAAUUGAAGCUCUACGAUAUCUUGAUUUAAUUAUUGAUUGGACAAGAAAGAAAGGUAUGACAGGCAUUUAUUCAUUUGUCACACAACUUCAGUCUGAGACUAGUAGUUCUGUAGAUUUACGAUCCAAUGAAGCAGCGAUAAUACGUGAUGCCUUAUUUGGAUUAACCAGAUUGACAGUGAACACAAUUGGACAGUUUCAUAAUUUUAUGGACAAUGAUGGUGCUGUGGAUGCUGAUGAUAAUGAUGAUGAUGAUGACCAGAUGUCUAAUUUAGAAUGUCUCAAAGAAUUUGUUCAUACUACACUGAAUACUGCAUCCCCUAUAUGGAUUGCUGAUGUAAUUGCUAUGGAUGAUUAUUUCGCGCCAUUUCUAAUGCUUACUGAAGCUUUUGGUGAACACGAUGUAGAUACAAAGUGUGGAGGGAAUAGCACUCAGCAGUUAUCAUUACCGAAAAAUGAAAAAUCUAAAACUCCAAAUGAAGAAACAAAGUCUAACACACAGUCAAAUGAUCCGGCUUCAACAGAUGAACAUUUUGAAAUGCCAAGCGCUUUAAGUUCGAAAGCAACAAUCCAUAAUUUGCUCUCUGGACCAAUUCAGUUAAACAAUUUAGUGAAUACCUUGAUCAUUACAGUAUUACGUCAUAGUGAGGAUGUGUCCUACUUAGAUCGUUAUGGAUUUCGUUUGGCACAGCUGAUCACCUCACAUCAGCAAAUCGAUUGUGUAGAAGACAUUACGCCUAUUGAUGUAUUAGUGCAACUGAAUUCAUUUACUCGAAUUGCACCAAUUUAUAUUAGCUGGCUUCGUGAUGGAUUGUCUCGUUCACAUGUUACAGGAGUGUUCAAUGUACCGACUGAUUCACCAUUAUCACCUGACGCCUGUUCAUGGCUGAUUAGUCAAUUACAAACAAUGAGUAAUGAAUUGACUGAAGCAUUAGAUACACUUUUAGAUCUUGAAGUUGCUGAAGAUCUUAUAACACCAGAUAAUAAUAAUACAUCAUCUCAUUUAACAUUUCAAAGUCGAAAAGUAUCUAAUGCUCAAAUUGUUACAGCUGGUCGGUGUAUACCGCCUAGCAUUUUGUUGGUAUUACGUUUAUUACGUAUGCAUAUACUAGGUUCAAGUCAGCUGUCAAUUUUUGAUCGUUUAUCCUAUGAUAAUUUUUCAAAACAACAGAUAAUUUUAUCUCGAACCAAUGCACUGAUUAACAUAAUCAGUAUGAAUGGAUUAAAUACGUUUAUCACCUUAAUUCAGAAACUGUCUGAUUUCUUCAUACUUCAAUUACAAGCCACAUUAUCUCAUGCAAACAAUGCAACCGAUCUAAUAGAUAUAAGUAGUUGUGAUAGUAAUGCCAGUCUAGUGUUUUCAAUAUUUGAUUCCAUUAUACAAAUUGUUUCUGUCCUAUUACGCACUAUCAUCCCAAUUCAAGGUGAAGAUUUUCAAGAUACUCGGAUUUUACAUCCUUUAUUUUAUGCCUAUGCUUGUACAAUUUUCACAUUUUGUCCCCCUGGUCCUAAAGCUGUCCAACUGGAAAGGAUUCGUGAUAGCGUAAUUACUGCUGUUUUGGCCUAUACACAUUCUGAGCUAAAUAGAGUGCUUAAUAUUCAAGAAAUCAAUAAAUCCCUGUGGGUAUUAAUGCUAAAAGAAUUGAUCCGUUUCACAAUAUCAUCACCGUGUUUCUUCCUACCUGGCCUAUUAAUAUUCAUAGAUUUAUUGCCUCUACCGUUACCUAUAGUCACUGUUGAUCUGUCUUUUGGUUCAAGUGAUGAAUCUAAGAUAAAUAGUUCCCGAGAUGUUUGGGCUGCCCACCUACUUGCUGUAUCUUCUGAUUUGAUAGGAAUGAUACAGUUAUUGAGUGCAACUAUUUCAUCACCGAACAAUCUAUUGUUCUGUACUCUAUUCAAAUUCGUUGAACGUUUAGUGGAUAUCAGUUUAGCCUUUGCAAGUUUACUUGCUAAUGCGUGUUUAGAUAGCAUUAAUGAUGUUCGAACUCAAAUCCUGAAUGAACCUGAAAAAGAAGAAAAAGAAACGGCUGAAAGUAGCGCGUUGAAUGAAGGAGAUGACGUAGAGGAACUAUGUUCAAAAACAGAAGAGUCACUUUCAUCUUCAGAGAAUAGAACUGAUCAUUUAGUCAGUGAAUUAAAUACACCCAGUACAAAAUUGUUAUUAAAUCCACAGCCUAUCUUAGAUCCACGAUUGUCAACACAAAAACUACUACCCUCCGACUCUGAUGCAAAUUUACUACAACAACAACCACCACCACCACCAACAUUAUUAAAACAACAACAACACCAAGUCAAUCCAACGAAUGUGAUUAAAUUUUCUAUAAAACAAAUUGAAUCCACUGAACUGAAUGCUGCCUUAUCACUGUUGUUUAUUCUUUUGAAAAUUCCAGUCUAUCGAUAUGCUGUGCUAGAUGCAUUACGUCAAAAAGCUAAUCGCCAUGCGGAGAAUACAACGGUUAUCGAAGAUGUCAAUUCCUCUUCAAAUCCUGAUUCUCCUAGCGGUAAUCUUCGUCGUCAACAUUUUCUCAGUGUUAUUGACUCAGUUCUUACUGAAUAUUCUGACAAAAACUCGUGUAUAUCUGUUCAAUUAAAAAUACUUCAAUGUUUGAGUCUUCUUGUCGACGUGAAAUUAUCAAUGAACAACACCAAAUAUCAUGUUGAUUCAACUGAAAGUGAAGCUCAAUCCUUAUCUGAUAAUUUACCGGAUUUAUGCCUACUCAAAGAAUUAGUUCUUAUCCUAAUCAAGCAUAUUAAUCAUCCAGACAGAGAUAUGAGCACUUUACCGGCAGCAUUAGACCCCUUGAUUAUAAUCACUGAUCAUGAUCCAGGCUUUGUGGUUGUUAAAGAAGCAUUGGACAGUCCAGUGGCAUUUCACAAUGGUCAGCAUUUAUUCGCCAAUUUAGUUCAACGUGUUAAUGACUGUUUCAGUGCAGAUAAUCCAGAUUGUCAGGCUACACUAACUGGUUGUCUACGCUUAAUUCAAUCCUUGGUUAUAGGGCAUAGUACAUUACCGUUAACUUUUAUAUCAAAAUGUACUAAUUGGGAUGACAUUGACGACGUGGAGGCUAAAUCAUCAGAUCCCCAGGCAGAGACGAAAUCUUUGGAGGGAACAAAUGAUAGUUUAUUUACCAGACAACUUCAUAUAUCUGGUGAACGUGUUCGUGAAUUGUUAGGUUGGUCGGGAAGUGGAGAUCAUGGAAAACCUGUUCGAGAUCUUCAUUCAUUGCUAGAAAUGUUAGCUGAUGAUGAACCAUCACUUGAGUAUUUAAGAAGUGGUAUGAAAAAUCUCUUGUCAUUAUUAUCAAAUGAUUAUGAAAUUCCUGAAUUGAAGGGGUUGACAGCUACUACUACUACUGCUGCCUCUGCUGCUACUGCUACAACUAUUAAUACCACUAACAGUGCCAAUAAUGAAUACUUGUCAGAUCAAUUAGAUUCUUACAGAAUCAGGUCAAAAUUACCAAAUCCUCGAUCAUUGGAUGUGUUAGUGCGUGAUUACCAGAAGUUUAUUAAACUAUCCUUAGAUGACAAUUUAGAAAAGGCAUCUAAAUAUCAAUCGAAACAUUAUUACAAAAAUCUUUCAGCUGUAAAUGAAAAAAAUUCAGAAGAUAUAGACAUGGAAUUACCUUCAAGUGGUUCAAAAUUCAUUGGUAGUCAGAUUCCUGUAUCCAUUUCAUAUCAAAAUAACUUAGUACAAUGUGAUUUAAGUGAUAUUGCAACUAAUGGGUGUAAUGGAUUACGAAUACGAGAGGAACUAGCCAAGUGUGGACGUCAACAAGAUUCAAGUGAAGUAGCCAUCCGACAUCAGAAACGUAGACGUGGUCAAUCAACAAUUAUACAAACUGGAAUAAGUUCAAAGAAAUUUGUCGCACCUAUGCGUGGUCGAGGUUUUAUGCUACGUAGUACAGCGCCAUCUAAUCCUAUCGCUAAUAAUACAAUUCCUGCUGUCCUUGGCACUAAUCCUGGACAAGUGAAUACAAAUAUUCCAGGUGUUCGUGCUGAUCCAUUCCGUUCGAGACCGUUGAAUACAAGUCGUCCUCCAAGUUUACAUGUUGAUGAUUUUACUAAAUUAGAAAAAGAAGAAGGCAUUAUCGAACAGGAUACCACGCGUUCUAGAACCUAUCGUGACACGAGAAUAAUGAGAGGUCGUGGAGGCCGAUACAAUCCUGUCCGUGGAUCAUUUCCUGGUCAUAGUGCUUCAAAUGUGUCCAGUAUUUCAAAUAUGCCAUUUGGUAUGAAAAUGCCAACUGUUAAUCAGUUGCAUCCCACAGCGCUGCUAUCGAAUUGGCCGGUUGGUACUAGACCACUGUAAGUUCUGUUUCCUCUUUUUGCCGUUAAUGGGAUUGUUAGAUACAUCGAACUUACUCAACUACUUUUCAUUAUUCUUUUCGAUUUUUUUGUUGACUAUCGUCGUUUGGUUUGUGUAUACAUUUUUCAUGAUUACUUAUUUGUUAUUUUGUUGUUUUCAGAAUAUUUUCUAGAAGAUGUCGGUUUCAGUCAUUUCAGUUAAUAGUGUUGUCAUAUAUCGGAUUCAUUUCACUGUUGAGCAUAUUUCCAUCAAUAAAUGACUUCCUGUUUUCAGCCGGUUCGAUAAGUUAUGAGAUAAGCUGUUUAACCGCUUAUUAUGUGGUGUUGCUGUUCAGUGGCCCAACUACUGUCCUUAUCUUCAAUAAGUCCGUCAUUGAGUUCCCUUCGCCCCCCUCCUACCCUUAAUGUGUACCCACCCCGAGGCCUAGCAAGAUGUCUAACUUCUGAAUACCCCAGAUUUUCGGAUUUUGCUAUCACAUAAGUGAUGAGGCUUUUUUCCGAAUAUUGCAUUGGAAAUAAGAGCUUGGCUAGGAAUUUAAUUGGUGGAUGGUGACUAGCAGUGGAAUCCAUCAGGGUGUGCAUUUCGUCCUAUUUGGGGCUCGUCAUCUGGAUGUACUUGCAU